GGCUGGACUCGCCGCGGCCCUGCGCCUCCGCCCGCCCGGCCGCGCCCCCGGGGGCCAUGGUCGCGGGGCCCUGCGCGGGGGCGGCCCCCAGCGCGGCGCUUCAUGGAGCGGCCCCGGCCCGGCCGCCGGGGGCAGCGCGAUCCCGCGGGGCCCUGUGAGCCCCCAGCGCCACGGCACCAUGUUGCUGGUUGAGAAGACAACAGACUCACCGGCGGCUGAGUUCUCGCUGGUGGAGGACGUGGCCCUGCACUUCGCCUGCUUGAUGGGCCGCCUGAACGAGCAGCGCCUCUUCCAGCCUGACCUCUGCGACGUGGACCUGGUGCUGGUGCCCCAGCGCAGCGUCUUCCCGGCACACAAGGGCGUGCUGGCCGCCUACAGCCAGUUCUUCCACUCGCUCUUCACGCAGAACAAGCAGCUGCAGCGCGUGGAGCUGUCCCUAGAAGCGCUGGCCCCCGGUGGCCUGCAGCAGAUCCUCAACUUCAUCUACACCUCCAAGCUGCUGGUCAACGCGGCCAACGUCCACGAGGUGCUCAGUGCCGCCUCGUUGCUGCAGAUGGCCGACAUCGCCGCGUCCUGCCAGGAGCUGCUGGACGCCCGCUCCCUAGGCCCCCCCGGCCCCAGCGCUGUGGCCCUGGCCCAGCCGGCCGCCGGCUGCACCCCGGCCGCACCACCCUACUACUGCGACAUCAAGCAGGAGGCGGACGCCCCGGGCCUGCCGAAGAUCUAUGCCCGCGAGGGCCCCGACCCCUACUCUGUGCGUGUCGAGGACGGGGCAGGGACCGCGGGGGGCACGGCACCUGCCGCCAUCGGGCCAGCUCAGCCCUUCUUCAAGGAGGAGAAGGAGGGUGGCGUGCAAGAGGCUGGCGGGCCCCCCGGCAGCCUCUGCAAGCUGGAGGGUGGGGAGGGGCUGGAGGAAGAGCUGGGGGGUUCUGGCACCUACAGCCGCCGGGAGCAGUCCCAGAUCAUCGUGGAGGUGAACCUCAACAACCAGACUCUGCACGUGUCCACGGGGCCCGAGGGCAAGCCGGGCACCACUACGGGCCCGGCCACCGUGGUGCUGGGCCGGGAGGACGGGCUGCAGAGACACUCAGAGGACGAGGACGAGGAGGAGGAGGAGGAGGAAGAGGAGGAGGAGGAGGAAGAAGAGGGUGGUGGCAGCGGAGGGGAGGAGGAGGAGGGUGGCAGUCAGGGAGAGGAGGAAGACGAGGAGGAGGAAGGGCACAGCGAGCAGGAGGAGGAAGAGGAGGAGGAAGAGGAAGGGCACAGUGAGCAGGAUCAAGAGAGCUCAGAGGAGGAGGAAGAGGAGGAAGAGGGAGGGGAGGCAGGGAGCCGGCAGGGGCCAGCGGGGCGGCGGGGCAGCAGGGCAGAGCCCCCUCCCCACAGUCGCAUGGCCACGCGGUCUCGAGAGAACGCCCGACGCCGAGGCCCCCCUGAGCCUGAGGAGGCCAGGCCGCGGGGCGGGAAGAGGCCCAAGCCUGCUCCGGGGGGAGCCUCUGCAGCGGCCCGAGGGCCACAGGCCACUGACGGGCUGGGGGCCAAGGUGAAGCUGGAAGAGAAGCAGCACCACCCGUGCCAGAAGUGCCCUCGCGUCUUCAACAACCGCUGGUACCUGGAGAAGCACAUGAACGUGACCCACAGCCGUAUGCAGAUCUGCGACCAGUGCGGCAAGCGCUUCCUGCUGGAGAGCGAGCUGCUACUUCACCGGCAGACAGACUGCGAGCGCAACAUCCAGUGUGUGACGUGUGGCAAAGCUUUUAAGAAGCUCUGGUCCCUCCACGAGCACAACAAGAUCGUGCAUGGCUAUGCAGAGAAGAAGUUCUCAUGUGAGAUCUGCGAGAAGAAGUUCUACACCAUGGCCCACGUGCGCAAGCACAUGGUUGCCCACACCAAGGACAUGCCCUUCACUUGCGAGACCUGUGGGAAGUCCUUCAAACGAAGCAUGUCUCUCAAAGUGCACUCGCUGCAGCACUCUGGGGAGAAGCCCUUCCGAUGUGAGAACUGCAAUGAGCGCUUCCAGUACAAGUACCAGCUGCGGUCCCACAUGAGCAUCCACAUCGGCCACAAGCAGUUCAUGUGCCAGUGGUGCGGCAAGGACUUCAACAUGAAGCAGUACUUCGAUGAGCACAUGAAGACCCACACAGGGGAGAAGCCGUACAUCUGUGAGAUCUGCGGCAAGAGCUUCACCAGCCGACCCAACAUGAAGCGGCACCGGCGCACGCACACGGGCGAGAAGCCGUAUCCCUGCGACGUCUGCGGCCAGCGCUUCCGCUUCUCCAACAUGCUCAAGGCUCACAAGGAGAAAUGCUUCCGCGUCAGUCACCCCCUGGCCAGCGAAGGCCCCGCCUCGGGCCCAGGCCUGUCCCCGGCCCAGCCCCCGGCUCACGCGCUGCCCCUGCUCCCGGGGCUGCCCCAGACCCUGCCGCCCCCACCCCACCUGCCGCCCCCCCCACCACUCUUCUCUACCACUGCCACUUCCGGCGGGAGGAUGAGCGCCAACAACUGACUGCCUCUGCGGGGGACCCCCGGCCCCCACCUCGGCCCUUCCCUCCUGCCUGGGGGAGGGCAGCGACACCGGCCUGGCACCGCCGCCCCCCCUCCAGACCGGGCCGGACCUGUGCUGCUUGAGGCCCCUGACCCUGGGGGUGUGCGGGCUGGUGGCCCCCGUGCGGUGGAGGACACCUCACUCCCAAGUGCCCCCUUUCUCAGUGACUCCUUGAAGCCUUUGCUUUUUUUUUUUUUUUUUUUGGAAGUGAAGGAAAAAGAAAAGAGAGGAAAUUAUUUGCAGCACCCCCUCCAGGUGAGGGGGUUGCUGGAGGUGGCAGGUACAGCAGGGAGGGAGGGGCUGGGGAGCAGGUGUGACCGGUCACUCUGCUGGGGCCUGAGCCGGAGGGGGCUGGCCAGGCAAGCCUGGGUCAGCUUCAGUGGCUCAUCUCUGCCUCCCCUGUGCCUCCUAACUUGCCCCUUCAUCCUGGAGGCUUUGGGGAAAAGUUGGGGUGUCAGCCUCCCUGGAAGGAGUUGUGGAUCCGUCUGAGGGCUGUGGACACCGAGGCAGGGGCUUGACUGUGGAUGCCCAUGAGCGUGUUGUGGGGGGGAGUGGCGAAGUGUGAAGGCUGCAGACCCAGCUUUGCACUGUGUGCAGUGGGGGAGGCAGGGGCUGGACCCCAGGCAUUUGCCCUCCUAGCCACCACCCUGCCGGCAGGCACAGGGAUCCCUGAGCUGUACCAGGCUGCAUCGAGGUCCCUGAGUCCAGGAGAAGACAUCCCCAGAAGCCUCUGAGCCUCGGGGCUGGGGGCUAGGCCCUGGGUGGGCAGACGGGCUGGCUCCCGCAGCACCAGAUCCCAAGGGCUGCAAAGAGUCCCUGCAGCUGGGUGAACCCCAAGGGCAGGCCCUGAGAAGGAGGCAAUGUUUUAAGGUUUCAAGGUGCUAGCAGGGGAGCAGGGGGCAGGGCGGCUGUUCACAGAGCACCCAGGUCCUCACCAGCUGCCCUGGUCGUCUCUCCCACACCAGCGGAGAUGUGUGUGUGUCUGUCUCCAUCCCUGCUCUGAAGGCAGAGGCCUCAUCCUCUUCCUGGGCCUGGCCACAACCCACCCCAGGCCAGCGUCCAGCAUCCCUGUCCUUCCUAGGCCUCUGCACCAUGGGUGGGGCGCCUGUAGCAUUGUUGGUGAGAGGAGCCCACAGGGUGGGGGGUGGGGGCUCUGGGGGAGCCCCCGCCUGUGCCCAAUGCUUGCCCCCAUGAGGCCGGCACUAGUAGGGACAUCCUUUUUUUGUUGUCAUUUAACGUCUUUAUUCCUGCCUUGAAAAUGGGGAGGAAGGUUCCAUAAGCUACGUGUUUCCUAGUUAAGCUCUUACCUUUUGUGUUUAUACAGUUUUGUUUGUUAUACUCUGCACCUUAAACCCCCACGACUACCCCCACACCACCACCUUCCCAAGCAUGGUUGGAGUGGGAAGAGGCCUAAGCCCAAGGGGGACAGCGGCAGGGGAUGGGGUGGGGGGUGGGGGGACUGGGCCCCAUCAGCCCAAGGGCUGAGGGGGUCGGAACCCCUCUGACCUCCUUGUGAGGCCCAUGGCGCUGGGUGGGGGCUGGGGACAUUUUAAUCAUCAAUAAACGAAGCACUUUAUUCUGUA